AUGACCCGCCGUCCCGGGCAUCCGGUGCAGCAUCGCGCAGGCUGCUUGGCAUCAACAGCCCGGCAAGGGCGUGAUCGCGCCCGCGACGAGCGGCAUUCCGGCAGGUACAGCGGGACCGCGUCCUCGCGCGCGAGAGAUAGCUGCGGCGUAGUUGAACGACAGCCGCUGCCCGUCGCCAGAAGAUACGGCCCGCCACGACCGGCUCGGUUCGUCAUCCACGGGAACCCGGCGGCUAUGGACGGCGCAGGCAACAACGCGAGGCGAUCGGCCGCGCGGUGCGCCUCUCGAGCCAGCUCCUUCUCAUCGAGGCCGAACAGCGGCACCUGCAGAAUAGCCGCCAGCUCAAACACGGUGCCGAUCGCACAACCCGGCUCCCGCGCUCUACCCGCGCAAGCAGCGAUCAGGAUAUUCCCGCGCGUUCGGCAAGGUCCGCUUGUGAUAUGCGCUGCUCCGUCCGCGCAGCGCAAUAGCGUGGGCGGCCAUCAGCAGGUGCAUUUCGGCCCGCUUCACCGCGAUGGUGCGGCUCACGCGAACGCCAACGCCAUGUUCGAUCAUCAGCUCGGCGAGGCGCGCGCCGUCGAUCAGGACCACGCGCUGCGGCAGAUGGCGGACGAGAAGUCGAUCGCGGGCGCGAAGAAGGAGGUGGUGACGAACACGCCCUUGGUCGCGCCGAAGCCGACCGGGCUGCCCACGAAGCCCUGCCGCUCGCACGGAUAUAGAUGCGGUCGAGACCGAGGCGGUCCUCGUCGAUCACGCCGUCCACGCCGCCAUCGCCGCUGCGCCCAGGCUCAGCGCGGCGCCCUCAUGGCUGCCGCCAUAGCCCAUUACGACCAGCAGAUCGACGAUCGCGCGUUCGAAAAAGGCCGGGCUCUGCUCCAGCACGCGCUGGAGCAGCUCCGCCUUCAGCGCCGCAUGGAGGACGCCCUGCGCGGGCGUCGAUCUGCUCCUCAGGCGUGGCCGUCGCGGUGGCGGCAGCUUCGGCGACCGAUGCCUCGGCCGGCGAAGCCUGCCCGUCCCGGCAUAGAACUGCGCGAAGGCGGGAUGGGUCUUCAGCGUCUCAACCGUGAUCGCGCCGCCGGUUGGGUCGCGAGCAGCGCUCUUGCCCUCUUCGCUGGCGACGAAACGGCCGCCCCAGUGGAUGCGGUUGCAGCACGCGCUGGCGUCGCUGGGCAGCAUCUCCUCGCGCUCCGCCUCGGUGAGGCCGAGCUGAUCGGCGAUCGCCGUCGCCGCAUCAGGUACGCGCGUGACGCCUGUGGCGGCGAGGCGCAGCACCAGCAACAUCAGCGCCUGAUAGUCGGGAAUGGCCAUAUGUUCCCUUCCGCUCAGCCCCGGUCUUGCGCCCGCCCGCGCUUCGGCUUGGCGCGGCGGCGCGUUCGGCGCGGAUGCGGUCGAGCAGCACGCUCGCCGGUUCGUCAUUCGGGUCCUGCGGCACCAGCUCGCCGCGAAACGCCUUGGCGAGGAUCGCGGCUUCGAGCCGGUCGAGCAGCGCGCGCACGCGGGCGGCUUCGGCUUCAAGGCGAUCGGCGCGGGCGAAGGCUGCGGUUAUCAGGCACAAUCUCUGGCUUCAGCUGCCGGCGGAACCGGCACCGGGAGCGCCAUCACGCGACGCUUGCUGAUCGACGCGAGGUUCGUCGUCUGCGUACCACGGUCGAUGAAAUAGGCCUGUCCAAACUCGUUGGCAUAAUGCGACACGAACUCGGGCAGAAAUCCGGGUCCCUGAGGCGGACACGAAAGACGUGGUUCUGGUGGAUGCAGCCCGGCACCUCCUCACGCCAGACCUUACGCCCCAGCUUAUCGCGAUCACCGCCCUCGUUCAUGAGGAUGUCGCCAUCCUUGAGCAGAAAGGCGGUCGCGCUCUUCAGCCGUCACGGCGAGCCUCUUAAUUUCGUUCAGCCGCAACCAUCCUCGCUGUACGUUCGCGACGCGGAGGUAGGGAACUUCAACCAGCGUGACACCCGCCGGACGCUUCUUGCCGACCUGAAUACCGCCUUUGAACGUCAGCGAUGUCGGAGAGAGCGGACAGGUCCUCAAUCCCUGCAUCGAACUGCCUUCCCGCGCUCUCCAGUCAGUCGACAAAUCGCCAGCAAACGCGCGGGCCAGUGUUGUUUGACGCAGUUUGGCCACGAGGGCACCGUUCUAACUCUGCCCGUGUGCGGGCGAGGCGGGCCUUCAGGGAAUCCAGCUUCGCAACGAUGCGAUGUUGUUCGGCCCGCGGAGCAGAUCAAUCAGCCGUGCAGCCGAAUCUCGACACCAAGUGGCGGAUCGUCUGAUUUGUCUCGCCAGAAUGACGCCACCGUGAUGAGCGCCCUGCAUCGCGGAUGCCAAUCCAGCCCUGUCGCCAUCCCAGUAUUCCGGUUGUGCCUGCUCGGGGUGUGGCCGGUCCCAAAGUCCGCCACGUCACCGCUCGCCCCGAAUGACGCGAUCCGUUUGCCGCGCGACCGCUCAUUAUUCCGCCGCCUCAGCCACAAUAGGCUCUUCCGUCUCGUCCCCCCAGUUCCGCGACCAGCGCCCGACUUCCUCCAGCGCGGCCAUCAGAUGGCCUUCGAUCGCCGCCGCGAUGUCCUCAGGCGUGUCGAGGCCGUCCUCGGCCUCGGCGCUGGUGUCCUGAGCCAGCCGAUGUCGAGAUUGUCGCCCCGCGCCUCGAGCGCGGCGCGGUCAGCGGCGAAGCGGCCGGUUUCGCCUUCGUCGGUGCGGCGCCGCGCGGCCACGCGGAUCGGCGCCGAACGCCGUCACGAAGUCCUUGAAGUCCGCGCGCUUCAGCAGGUUAGUCUUGCCAUAAGCGGGCGCGCCAGCGCGCAUGUCGUAGAUCCACACCGCACGGUCGCGUCCUCGGCCGGGUCGGCUUCGGCCGAGCGGAAGAUGCCGGUCGGCAGCCGCAGAAUGGUGUACGGGUCACAGCGAUGCAUCAGCAUCCGCCGCAACGCCUUGCCGCGCCCGUCGUCGAACAGGACAUUGUCGGGUACCACCACCGCCGCCCGGCCGCCAGGGCGCCAGCGCGCGGAUGAUGUGCUCGACGAAGGGCAACUGAUAGGACGAGACGCGGUCGGUGAUGGUCAGGUCGUCGCGCGUCGGCGGCCCGCCCGCCGGGCCGAAAGGCGGGUUGCUCAGGAUCAGGUCGGCGCGCUUGAACCGCGCCUCGCUGCCCCCCUGGGUGACAGGGUAUCGCCGGGUCCAGAUGAUCGGGGUCGAUCUUGUGGAGGUGCAGGUUCAUCAGCAGCAGGCGGAGGGUGUCAGGGGACGUUCUCAACACCCCGGAACGCCUCGCGCAGCUGGAACGCCUGCUGGGGCGAAAGCUCGAAAUAG